AUGGCUUCCCCUUCAUCUAAAAGCACUCGACUCGAAGAAAAUGAAAGAGAAUGGCCAUACCCGUCUCGUGCAGCCAAGAGACGCAAGCGCACUUCCGCUGCGGGUACUUCAGGCCCAUCGCCUCGUGAAAUCGGAUUCAUGAGAGAGUCCCAUGAUGAUGGGUCUGCUACAUUUCUUGGAAGCUCAAGUGGAAUUCACUUCAUUCGACACGUUUACAAUGCUUUCGCGCGCCGUUCAGCAGACCUGGGCCAGACACGAGCCCGUGACCGAACCUCGGUCCCAGGCGAAGACGACCGUCUACGGCGAAACGCAGGAAAUGUUCACAGCCCCGAUGACUUGUGGACUCGAAAUGAGCUAAACUUCGCGCCCAAUGCUUCAUUCGAGUUCAAUGACAUUGUCAAGUGGACGCGUAGCUAUUUUGAGAAUUGGCAUCCAAUUUUCCCCUGUCUCCACGCCCCGACUGUCUUGAAUCUGAUGGAGACAGUGAGCCAAAAAGGAGUGGAAUCAGCCAGUCGACUUGAUAUGUUGGUCCUUCGAUCUAUCGUUUCCAUCUCCCUUGGCGAUAACCGGCAAACGACAGCAUCAGAAUCUAAGCUGGGCCCAAUUCCUUCAGUCUUGGUCUUUCGAAAUAUUCUUCAUGUGAUGCAUGAAGUACAAAGUCUUCUUGAAGAGCCCACCGCACUUCCUCUACUGCAAGCUGCAUUCACCGCACAGCUUGCCCUUACUUCGCUUCUCCGCCUAAACGCCGCUUCGCGUGUCGGGGGAGUCAUCACUCGAACUGCCUUUCAUCUGGGGUUGCAUCGUUGUCCAGGGCGAUUCUCAUGCUUCAGCAAUGAGGAGUUAGGUAUCAGAUGUCGGCUAUUCUGGUCGAUCUACUCCCUUGAGAGAUAUCUUUCCCAAGCUCUUGGAAUUCCCCUCAGCAUUCGAGACGAUGAUAUCGAUGUCUGCUACCCGGGAACUGAGCGGCACUCUUCUAUCGUUCCGAAAAAUCUCGAGAGUCCACGACUAAGACUACUAUGCCAUCUUGCAAAAUUUGCACGGGUACGUGGUUUGAUUGUGGAACUUCGCAACAAGUCUAUUCUGCACAGUCAUGCCAGUCAGGUUGAGGCAACCUACGUUUCUGGAGAACUCUCUAAAUGGUGGAAUGAAGUUUAUGAUGACGCAAACCCCAUCGAGGAUUCUACAGGUAUUGAGCAGGAGAUACUCUUACAGCCGUAUCACCGAUUGCUUCUGAUGAUUCUACGACACGAGGCUAUCAUCUCCCUAAAUCGGCCUCUUUUAGCUGCCGAAAAACCCAGCGCUGAUUAUCAAAACGCGUUGCAGACCUGCAUCGGUUCAUCGCGAUCUAUACUUGUAGCUUUGAAAAAACAUAUAUCCUCUCCGACCGAAUCUCCGCUGUCCUGGCCAUGCUUUACGUGGUCAACUUGGAUGGCAUGUCUGAUUCUGAUGUAUGCAGCAUCGGAAGAAGAAUUUGCCGCACCCACCGCCAUCAAAUAUGCUAAAAUGGGGAUCAGUAUUUUGGAAAACCUGUCAUUACGCGGUAGCAGCUGGCCUGAAACCUGUAUCGAGGCAAUCAAGAGCAUGGAGUCUGCCUUGACACAGACACCGAAUGCUGCUCAAUUCAAGAUCCCUCCCACAUCGAAUGGACCGGAAAGGUCCGCUCCGCCUGCAAAUCCCGUCGACAGAAGAAUGUCCCAAAUAUCGCCAGGUCAGUAUAGAACCCACGAGAUUGGAGAUGCAAGUCUCACAUCAGCCCGUCCUCCAGACCAACGGAUAGAUGCAUACCAAGAGCGUCCGGCUUCUGUGGGAAUUCAACCUUUCGACUCUUCUACCCGCUUGACCGCGGGUCUUGCCCCAGCAGAAAAUUACCAUUUGGCUAUAUUUUCACCCUCAGACAACACCUCCAACUUUGCUGAGGCACUGGACUCCAUUGGAAGCAACUUCAAUGGACAAUCGUCUGCUGGCCUGAUAUUUGGCAACACAGCCGAUAACAAUGGUGUCUUCAACCCGAGUUUUGCAGGCCAAGAUUCCUUGCCAUUGACAUCAUCUACGUUCAUGAACGACUUGUGGAGUGUUGCCGAUGGCCCAUGGAUAAUCCAUAACAAUUUUCUUUGA